CUGGGGGAAGAAAAAAAGUUUGCAUUUCUCUGGGUUGAUGUAUCGGACCAGCCAGCUUUCAUUACAUAAUUAUCAAAAUAUUGGAAACGGACUCAUAUUUUCUAGUUGAAAUGCUAAUGUUCAUUAGCAUUCAUUAGUUCAUGGGGGGUUUUACUAGCUACCCAAUACGUAAACUAGGAAAGAAAUACAUGUGUCGUUAUCGGUUAUCUGCAACACUUUCGCUCAGCGUGUGAAAGUACAGUACAUCUCAUCAGAACACAAUCUUGUUUCUAUCAUCUACUGUCAGAAUGGCAGGAAGAGGGCGUGGCAGAGGUCGCGGCCAGCUGACUUUCAACAUAGAGGCCGUAGGCAUCGGGAAGGGGGAGAACCUGCCGCCUUCCACUCUUCAGCCAACCCCACUCUUCCCGCCCAUGGAGCACAAGCCAGUGCCCCUACAGACAAGCGAGGAGGCAGAGUACAUGUUGGCCCUGAAGCAGGAGCUGAGGGGAGCCAUGAAGAACCUGCCUUUCUACAUCAGGCCAGCAGCACCCAAGAAAGAUGUGGAGCGCUACUCGGACAAAUACCAGGGUGCGGAACCAACAGACAACACCAUCGAAUGGGAUCCAGACUGGAAGAGGCUGCCUCGGGAGCUGCGGGUCAGAGUGAGGAAGCCCCUAAAAGACAGGGCUCCGCCAGCGCCAAAAUGUGCCAAAAAGCCCCGCGUCGAUAAGGAGGAGAUCAUCCGAAAGCUGGAGACGCUUGAGAAGAAAGAGGAGGAGCUGAGUUCCGAUGAGGAGGAGCGGAAGGAGAAGCAGGAGGAGGAAGAGCAGGAGGGCGAGGAGGAGUAUGACGAAGAGGAAUUUGAGGAGGAGACAGACUACAUUAUGUCUUAUUUUGACAACGGGGAGGAGUUCGGUGGAGACAGUGAUGACAACAUGGACGAGGCCAUUUAUUGAGAGACGAGAAGAUGUGACAAAGCUUCCAGAGGACUGAAGACAGACAAACUGAAUUGAAUGAACCUAGAUCUUUCAGGUGACCCACAAGCUGAGCAUUCCAGAAACAAGAAGACCUGUAAUCUGUAUCCAGAUGAAGACUUUGCGAGAGUUGUUAGGGGGCAGCGAGUGGAUCAGUAGGCCAAGCCUCUGUACCUAUGAUCAGAAGGUUGCCGGUUUGAGCCCUGGGUGCUGCUCUGGGCGGCUGCCCUUCACAGCCAGCUUGCUCUCACCUACAGAGAGCAAAUAGGAGGAGGCAUAAAGAGACCUUCCCCAUGGCGAUCGAUGUCAGUUAUUAUGCGGCUGAUGUUUCCGCAGAAAAUAACCUUGUGGAUUUUUCUGCAAGUGCAGAAACGUCCAUGUCGACGACUCCGUUUCGGUCGGCGUUGGUUUUAACACGACAUUUUUAAUUCAGAAAAUCUUAGACACUUCUGUAGUGUAAGUUGCACAUUUUGUAAUAGCCCUGUUCUUCAGCAAUUGAUUACAGUCAGUGGUUGUAGGAUGAAGUGUAGUUUUUACAUUGACCAGCAGGUGGGGUUUGGUAUUAUGUUCUGUGACUUUAAUGUUUCUGUCAUCCUGUUUGUACUGUGUUUAAACAGUAUUUUUAUGCAGAGCCUGUACAGUUUGGAGCAUCUGUGUAACCUGUCGUUACUUUUAAUUAGUGCCAAGCCGGAAUGUCAUGCAUAGCUUGUAAAUGUGCUUCAGAAGCUUGAUGUUCUUUACCAUCCUGCUGUCCGAUUUUGCUAUAAACGCUUCCCUUCGAAACUCA